AUGAACGCUUCUGUUCCCUACCUUGGAUAUCGCAUAUCUCUGCUCUCAAAUUCUGACAUCCGAUAUGAAGGAAUUCUUUCCGGUAUUGAUAGCAAUGAAGCUACUGUGACGCUUAGAAACGUGCGUUCCAUGGGCACCGAAGGACGAACUCCACAUAGAGAAAUUCUUCCUUCUCCCGAAAUAUAUGAUUGUAUAGUUUUCAGAGGUCAAAACAUCAAAGAUUUGACCGUAUGUGGAAACGAUUCUCUUACGGAUAUAUAUCAAGAUCCAGCAAUUAUUAGUGCUCAACCCAUUGGUAAUGGGAUUGGCGAUGAUAGAUUGGAUGAAAACAUCCAAAACUUCUACUCAUAUGGCAAAAAUGACGAUUGCAAAAAUACAAUGGCAACCCAUCCCGGAAGUUGGGGUAAUGUAUACCAUCAACCCAUAUACACGGCUAAGGAUCUUAUCGACAACACAAUCAACCUUAAAAAUAAUUAUACAGAUGUAAGCAAUGAGGAUUGCGGAAAUAAGGAACAAAUUGGUGGAAAGUUGGAUAAAAAGGAGUCCCAGCCAAUAAGUGACAAGAAAAGCAAUCUGAAUAAAAGCAGCAACGGGCGCAAUAAUAACAGCUCAUCAGAUAUGAAAAGGAUAAAUUCACAGCAAACAAGCAAUAACGCAAAUAAAAAUAAUAAGGGCCAGUUCAAAGAUGAAUUCGACUUUGAACAAUCAAAUGCUAAUUUCAAGAAAGAGCAACGUGUUGUAAAACCUAUCUAUCAACGUUCAAAUUUUUUUGAUAACAUUUCUUCUGAUAUACAAGAGGUUGUUAAAGAAAGAGGUAAUCAAAGAAAACUUGACCUCGAUACAUUUGGUGAAUCUGCACAGAAUUAUAGGCCCAGGAGAUAUAAUAAUCAAAAAAAGUUUAAAAGAAACUAUCAGAGUAAUAAUCAUCAUCAUGUGAAUGUUAGUGGUAAUAUGUGUAAAAAAACUGAUGGAACUUGA